UAUACUAAUGUUGACCAGCAAGGCUAGACAGCCUGUAGGUUGCGUUGUAAACUUGUGAGGAAACCCUUUGUCAGUCCAGCCUGGUAGCAAAAUGGCUGUUUUAACUCCUACCUCCUGCUAUUGUUAAGGCCAGGCUCUCACUCCCUUCCUCUUGUCUAGGCUGGCUACACCUCUGUUUUUUGUGGCUUGCUGUACACACAUUAUCUAAUGCCAAGAAAGCAUUAUAGCUAGCCAAAGUUGUGUGUUGUUUUGAUAGUUGGAUAUUGAGUAUUUUUAAAGACCCUGUGGCGAAUUCAAUUAAUUCAAUUACUUUGCGAGCAUUUAGGGAGCAUGGAAUUGAAGGGUUCUAGCUUAGCUAACUCUCCUACAUAUCAGUUCUGAGCUCAAGGCAUGGAUGGACACCACUAACAGUUCCCCUCUCCUGUUCUCAUAGCGGUGCUUUUUCAAGUGUUCCAGUCUCAUUGAACCUCUCCCUCCCCCCUCCUCACCUCACCCCUCCCUGAAACGCAAUCCGCCUGGGGGAUAAGAGCACUGACUCUACUUGGAGCACCACCCGGUUUCCAUCCUGCUGCCAUAAACCAGGGAGAGAGAACUGCAAAACGUCUCAUGGUCAUGGUCACUUCACAGGGAGGGUGAGAGAGGCAGAUAAGAUGGAGCCAGUGUCCUACUCAACGUGCAGUCUUAAUCAUGUUCUAAGACAAUUUCAACUAACAUUUCAAACCAGCUUUAUGGAUAACUAUCAAUGGGAUAUGACACACACGGUGUGCCAGUGACCAGUGACGAGUGAACAGACAUGGGGGACUGGAGUCUUCUGGGGAACUUCCUGGAGGAAGUUCAGGAACAUUCCACGUCGGUGGGGAAGGUGUGGCUCACCGUCCUCUUCAUCUUCAGGAUCCUGGUGCUGGGCACAGCCGCUGAGUCCUCAUGGGGAGACGAACAGAGUGACUUCCUGUGCGACACCCAGCAGCCUGGUUGUACCAACGUCUGUUAUGACCGGGCGUUUCCUAUCGCACACAUCCGCUACUGGGUCCUACAGAUCGUCUUUGUGUCCACACCAUCACUGAUCUACAUGGGCCACGCCAUGCACAUAGUGCGGAGGGAUGAGAAACGAAAAAGGAUGGAGCAGGAGAAGACAGAAGGGAUGGAGGAGGAGGAGAGGGGAGAGGGGGGGAGCGUAUCGGGGGAGAAGGUGUAUCUCCAGCAGAGGGAUUGUGGGAAGGUGCUGGACGCAUCUGGGCGAGUUCGCCUGCGGGGGGCGCUGUUAUCCACGUACAUUCUGAGCAUCCUGAUCCGCACUGUGAUGGAGGUGAUCUUCAUCGUGGUCCAGUACAUGAUCUAUGGAGUCUUCCUCAGGGCUCUGUACCACUGCAAGGCCUGGCCCUGCCCCAACCCAGUCAACUGCUACAUGUCCCGUCCCACAGAAAAGAACGUAUUCAUCGUCUUCAUGCUGGUGGUGGCAGGUGUCUCCCUCCUCCUCUCUGUGGUCGAGCUCUACCACCUGGCCUACAGGAGGUACAGGAAGUGCAGACGCACUCGUGCCUCCCUCAAAAACACCACUCAUAAUGCUGUGGCAAUCCCCUUCACCAGGGACUCCGACAACCCGACCAGUCACAACUCCCCAGGCUGCACCCCUCCCCCUGACUUCCGCCAGUGCUUGGUGUUGUCGGGGACAAUGACCCCCUUGACACCUGUGAACCCCAUGAACUCCAUGCCUUCUCACCCCUUCAACAACAGAAUGGCGCACCAGCAGAACUCCGUCAACAUGGCCACCGAGCGCCACCAUUCCCAUGACGACCUGGAGGGAGAGGGAGGUUUCCUGAGGAUGAACUACACCCAGGUGCCAGGGGAGAUGCCCAGCGGGUGCUCUGCGCCACCCUUACUGCAUACCGCGUACCUGAAGGACAAACAGAGUCUCAGUAAGAUCAGCAGCACCAGCAGCCGGGUUCGACCAGACGACCUGGCCGUGUAGAACCAGACAGACGGAGAGAGAGAGAGACAGAGAGGGGCUUAGAAGGUGCGGAGGGAGAGGACUUUCAGACACACAGAGAGAAAGGCCCUGCUUAGAGGAGAGUGGAGCAGGCUGGGUCUAUAUACCCAGCCAGAGACAGAGAAGGGGAGCAGGCAAGGCAGACACUGGGGCUAAAGAUGGAUGUGUUAGCAAACUCCAAGUGAAGGGCUCCAUUCAGCCCAAAUCUGGAAGAUAUCCUGGCCUAGGACUCCAUGAGCACUAUAGGAAGAAAGACAUUGGGGUCUGUAAGCUCCCUGGGAGUGGGUUGAAUGGAUCUUGAGAACUUCUGCAUAUUGGACUGAGCUUUGAGACUGUGACCGUUGGUGCUGGGAGAACUGGUUGUUUUUGUUAGAGCAACAAGUGGCUGGCCAAGCUUGAAACAUGGACUUUCAUAACGUUGAUCAAAUAUUGACAUGGAAGCAAAAUAUAAAUAUACAUUUUAAAUCACUGUGUGGAAAAAGCCUUCAAAUAAAUAACAGAUAAUUGCAUUGUAUGUUUUUGAUGUUUUAAAGUACCUUUAAAGUCUGAGAAUAUUGUACUUUAAACUUGCACAUUCACUAUGCUAAAAACUUUCCCACUGUCUGUCCAGCUGCCCAUUAUAAUAACACAAACAUUUACAAGCUUGCAAAUGUAAACACGCAUGCACAAAAACACACACAUGCACACACUGCUGUCAUAGGAGGACAAAACCCUAUCCUCAGGGGUCUGACCAAACAGUGUUGCCCCGAUCCCUGGCAUCCAGUGACGGAGGCUAUUUGCAGCUGUCACGUUGUUUGGAAAGUGAAAGUGUGACACACAUCCCUGCAAUGGAAUCCAUUGUUCAUUAUAUCACCUUCAAAUAUAGCCGGAGCAACUGUUUUCUCUGUGUUUAAUCCUGAUGGCAUACAAACAGAAACAUCUUCCAGUCAGAAGUCAGAACAAGGGACAGCUGUGCCAAAAUAACUGGUUUCUCUCCAUUCAACAGACGCUUAGACCAAUAAUUACAGAGGGUUGUAUGCACUCAGGUACAAAUAAUGAAGAGCUAUGCAAAAGUGCCUACAAAAUGUGAAUCUGCAAAAUGUUCAAAGUCAAAGUCUUUUAGCUCCAUAUUAGACGUGUGAACAUGUCCUGAUGUCAUUUAAAAGUGUGUUCAAGAGCCAUAUACACUAUGUAUACAAAUAAUUUACCUUCAAUCGAGGCACAAGUUUGAAAAGUUGACCAUCCUUCAGUAUAUUUCAGCGUUUCUUUUUUUGUUAACCACUAGGUGGAGAAAUUCCCCCUUGAAACUUUAAAAUACAGUUUAGUUCAUUCAUUGUGACUGUGCAACUGUUGAUUGUCACAUUAGUAGCUAUCCACCUCUCUUCCAUAUCUUUUCAUCUUUGUUUAAAUUUGAUUUAUUUUUGUUUAACUGUGUGAGGCUGGUCAGAAAAUGACAUGUCUAGGCCUACAGGCUAAUAGAGAAGGCAUAACCACAAUCUGUGAAGUUCUCAACUGAUUUUGCACUAGACUAGGCCUUGUGGGGUUUGGACUAUAAAGACCCCUUUGUAAUUACAUGAAUCAUAUUUUCUUUUAAUAUAGAGAGCAACAACCAGUAAUUUACAGUAAUAGUAUUUUGGAAUGCCAACAAACGGGUGAUUGGUUGACGUUUCUCUGUGCACAUUUCAAUGUCAUUGUGUUUUUGUAAAGUCUGCAAUAAAACGAAUAUGUCAAAAUAAA